UCCAUUUCGGGUCGCACCACAUUUGAAAAAAGGAAAAAUCCCAUUGCCAAGCUGUAGCUUGUGGACGGCCUCAAUUAUCUCAUCAUGGAGGCCUCCAUUCUUUCUUAAAUUCUCCACCAACAAAAAAAAUGGUUUCGUUUGGCUGAGUUGCCAAGAAUCUCCCCUACCCUUGGAAACUGUUCAUAUUUUAACCCCAUUAAUAAGGUUCUGAGAGUAGGGGACACAUAACUUUGAACAGACAGACGCCUAUAAAUUCCUCUAUCAAAAAUUCAAAAUGGGUACUUCUCCAUCAGUCCCUCAAAAGUCAAUCCACGAAUUCACCGUCAAGGAUAGCAAAGGAAAGGAUGUAGACCUCAGCAUCUACAAGGGAAAAGUGCUUCUUGUCGUCAAUGUCGCUUCCAAAUGCUCAUUCACAAACUCGAACUAUACUCAGUUGACUGAACUCUACAACAAGUACAAGGAUAAAGGCUUUGAGGUCUUGGCCUUCCCCUGCAACCAAUUCUUGAAGCAAGAGCCUGGGACAAGUGAGGAAGCACAACAAUUUGCUUGCAUAAGAUUCAAGGCAGAAUAUCCCAUUUUCCAAAAGGUGCAAGUUAAUGGUCCGGACACAGUACCAGUUUACCAAUUCCUUAAAUCAAGCAAAGUUGGUUUUCUCGGUUCCAGCAUCAAAUGGAAUUUCACCAAGUUUCUGAUUGAUAAGGAAGGAAAAGUUAUCAAGCGUUGUGGCUCCACUACUGCACCAUUGGCAAUUGAGGCCGAUAUCCAAAAAGCACUAGGGAAGGUGUGAGAGGCUACAUCAACUUUAGUUGAUGAGCUCAGUUAUAUAAACAAUAAAAAACAGAGGAUGGAGAUUUCUUGCAUAUUCUGUUUGUUCAACUUGCAUGUGCUCUUGUACAUUUGUAGUGUUAUCUGGGGAACAAAGUUUCAAGUUUUUGCGCGUCUCCUACCUGUCUAUCCCUAUCUCCUCAAUGUAAUUUAUAUUGAAUACAAACAAAUAUAUAGUCUCUGUUUCAUGGUGAAAAGUAACUUAAAUUUAUGUUGCAAA